CCCCUCCCCUUCCCUUUUCCCUCUUCCCCCUCCCCUCUCCUCCUUCUCGUCCUCCUCCUCCUCCUUCUUCUCCUCCUCCUCCUCUCAGGCUGUGGUUUUUCUGUAUAUGUUUCUGGAGUCCUGAGCUUGAGCUAAACAAAAGCAGGAGGCUGACGGGGCUGCUGGAGUUUGCAGAGACACGGAGGAGGAGAGAGCCUGGGCUUUGCCUGCCGCCGCUGCUGGGGGAGAUCUGGCUUUUGCAACAGCCCACCCCCUUUGAGAUCACUCUGGCCCGGAGUGGGGGUGGGGGGCCGCGGGGGGUGGGGGGGAAAGUUUGUAUUGCAAUCCCCCUGCCUUCCUCUCCUUUCUCCCGAUCAAUGCAUAUUUGCAAAAGGAUUAAGCCACAGAUUUAAGCGCCGGGAGCCCAUUUCUGCCUUGCAAAGGAGAUCGGACUGAAAAACCAAAAGCCAGCUCUGAUUUCUUUUCGCCAAGUGGGAAGGUGGUUUAUUUUUCUUGCUUUUUGGAGUCAACACCCUUCCCCACCAGCCCUCAUCCCCACCCUCACCCCGCAACCCCUUCACGCCCCCUCCCCCUCCCCACUCCCCACCCUCCCACCAUCCUCUAAAGAGGCAAAGGGAAUUUUUUUUCUUCUUCUUCUUUUGGUCUUCUUUUUUUCCCCCUUCCCUGUUUAUCCUGAAAAGGAUUUGAAGACAGCUUGAAGGAUAAAAAGCCUGGUGCUUCCCAGGAGCCGAGCCGAGGAGCAGAAGAGGAAGAGCCGAGGGCUGCCGUAGCCUUUGGAGAUGGACGAGCAGCCCAGGCUGAUGCAUUCCCACGCUGGGGUCGGGAUGGCCGGACACCCCGGCCUGUCCCAGCACUUGCAGGAUGGGGCCGGAGGGACCGAGGGGGAGGGCGGGAGGAAGCAGGACAUUGGAGACAUUUUACAGCAAAUUAUGACCAUCACAGACCAGAGUUUGGAUGAGGCGCAGGCCAGAAAACAUGCUCUAAACUGCCACAGAAUGAAGCCCGCCUUGUUUAAUGUGUUGUGUGAAAUCAAAGAAAAAACAGUGUUGAGUAUCCGGGGAGCCCAGGAGGAGGAGCCCACGGACCCGCAGCUGAUGCGCUUGGACAACAUGCUGCUGGCGGAGGGCGUAGCGGGCCCCGAGAAGGGCGGGGGCUCGGCCGCUGCAGCUGCAGCAGCAGCAGCUUCCGGAGGAGCCGGGUCCGACAACUCAGUGGAGCAUUCCGAUUACAGAGCCAAACUCUCCCAGAUCAGACAAAUCUACCACACGGAGCUGGAGAAGUACGAGCAGGCGUGCAAUGAGUUCACCACCCACGUGAUGAAUCUCCUGCGAGAGCAAAGCCGGACCAGGCCCAUCUCCCCGAAGGAAAUCGAGCGCAUGGUCAGCAUCAUCCACCGCAAGUUCAGCUCCAUCCAAAUGCAGCUGAAGCAGAGCACUUGCGAGGCCGUCAUGAUCCUGCGCUCCCGGUUUCUAGAUGCGCGGCGGAAGAGACGGAAUUUCAACAAGCAAGCAACGGAGAUCCUGAAUGAGUAUUUUUAUUCCCAUCUCAGCAACCCUUACCCCAGUGAGGAAGCCAAAGAGGAGCUAGCCAAGAAGUGUGGCAUCACGGUCUCCCAGGUAUCAAAUUGGUUUGGAAAUAAGCGAAUCCGGUACAAGAAGAACAUAGGUAAAUUUCAAGAGGAAGCCAAUAUUUAUGCUGCCAAAACGGCUGUCACUGCUACCAAUGUGUCAGCCCAUGGAAGCCAAGCUAACUCACCCUCCACUCCCAACUCAGCUGGUUCUUCCAGUUCUUUUAACAUGUCAAACUCUGGAGAUUUGUUCAUGAGCGUGCAGUCACUCAAUGGGGAUUCUUACCAAGGGGCCCAGGUUGGAGCGAACGUGCAAUCACAGGUGGAUACCCUUCGCCAUGUUAUCAGCCAGACAGGAGGAUACAGUGACGGACUCGCGGCCAGUCAGAUGUACAGUCCGCAGGGCAUCAGUGCUAAUGGAGGUUGGCAGGAUGCUACUACCCCUUCAUCAGUGACCUCCCCUACAGAAGGCCCUGGCAGUGUUCACUCUGAUACCUCCAACUGAUCUCCCAGCAAUCGCAUCCCGGCUGACCCUGUGUCCCAGUUGGGGCAGGGGCAGGAGGGAGGGUUUCUCUCCCAACGCUGAAGCGGUCAGACUGGAGGUCGAAGCAAUCAGCAAACACAAUAAGAGUCUCCUUCUCUUCUCUUCUUUGGGAUGCUAUUUCAGCCAAUCUGGACACUUCUUUAUACUCUCUUCCCUUUUUUUCUGGGUAGAAGCCACCCUCCCCUGCCUCCAGCUCUCAGCCUGGUUUCCGUCAUCUUCCCUGCCUGCUGUCCUCUGUUCUAGCCUCCCGGGGUCCCUGCCCUCCAUCACAUCACUGAAGGAUAUUUUCAACAAUUAGAGGAAUUUAAAGAGGAAAAAAAUGACAAAGAAAAUAAUAAAAGUGUUUGUAUGUUUUCAUGCUGGUGGUUUGAGGAGCCAAAUUUGCCUCCCUUGGAUCCUUUUCUCUCGAUGUUAACAGGCAAUCCUUCUCUGUUUCUCUUGUUGUUCUCACUACCUCUUAGCAGGAAUAUGCUCCGUUGCCCCCUCAUCCCAGGCCUCCCUGUCUCCUCUUGCUCCUCCUCCCUGGGGACAAUCCUGAUGGGCACUCUGGCCUCUUUCUUCCCAGCUCCAGGUAUUCCCUGGGGACUGCUCUCGGUGGGCUUCUCCAGGUGCCCCACUUCCCAACCUCAGCUUUACUAGGUGGAUUCCCAAGCGAGGAGUCAAACAGCAGGGAGGUCACGAGGAACAGGAAAGGGAAAAUCCCUACAGCCUUUCUCGCACUCCUCACAACAGCCCCUACUUUCAGAGGCACAGUCUCUGGAGACCGUCACACACCUAGGAAACACUGUCCAGACCUGACUGCAAAUCAGGCUUCCGUGAGGCAUGGUGAUGAAGGCCAUCAGUAAGGAGUAGAAGUUCUGUCCCUGAAACCCUCCAGUGUCCUUCACGCCUGUGCACACACACAUGGGGAUACAUGCACACUCGCACGCCUUUACUUCUUUCCCAAGACACCAUGUGCAAAUGCAUACAUUAGCAGUCAUAGCACUCUCUCUGGUAACCUUAGGAGGGGAGCUAGCAACCCUGAGUGAAGGUCACUGACACAGAGAAGCAAUAUGUGCCUGGGGCUACUAGGACCAGCAAGCCCACCAGCACACACCUACCAGUGUAGCUUGCAUAGGACUUUUCUUGUGACGAAGAUCACGUUUCCAGGGUCAACUAUUCCUGUUCUUGCCACUUUUGGAGCUCUCAGGGAGCCACACACAGUACUUACAAAUGUCUGUAACGGAUUUGCCUGUUUUAUUUUUGUUUUCCUAGAAGGCACAUUGUAUUAAUUAUCCAAAGUACUCUAUUGCAUCAAGUUCUUGAACCUGACCUUAUCCUCAGGAGGAGAAAGUGGUGUAAGAAUGUGGUUCGAGUGAACGUUUUGCUAGCUUAAUUUGAUGACAUGAGAGGCAUCGAAAAGGGUGAUAAUGUUUUCAUCAAAAUCAUCACAGUGACUUGUAUUCCCUGGGGAUAUGUAAGAGACAAUAGCUUAUGCUAGAAAGUUACUCUCCCCUGUCACCUGAGCUUACAUUCUUCAUCGCCAAUUCUGCCAGCAAUAAAGAUGGCAGCUCUCCCUUGAUUAAGGAAAAGGAGGUCAGAUCUUUUGGUUCCUAAUUGUCUUCAUCUGUAAACUGAGAAUUAUUCUGUUUGGCUCACCAGUAGGCAUGUGAGAGACUGAAUAACUUGAAUUCAUUAAUAAUCUGAAAAUGUGAAGUUAGAAGGAAGCGACAUCCCUAAGAUAAACUUGCUUGUGCUCUGUCAGGACAAUAAGUGGUUUUCUUGUCAUUGCCAUGAUGACAAAGAGUUUUUUAGCUUUUGGGUGGGUGUUGGUUUGGUUUUGGCCUGUUUGGUUUCUUAGGGUAGAAGAAAGCUUCCCAACUGGGAAAAUAGUACCAGUUCUAUUUGUACUUGAAUCCAUUGUGUAGCUUUAAAAGCAACUGACUCCUAUCACAUCCAGUAUGCUUGGAAAGCUUCCAGGGAAGUUUAGGAGACCCUCUGGGGUGAGGAUGGCCAGACAACAGGGUUGUGAAAAGUCUGCAUACUACUAGGGUAAUGAAUACUCUGUGUGUGUGUGCAAGAAGAUGGGGAUGCUACCUAAGAAACAGGAUUUGUGUAUCUGAAGAAAAUGAAAAAAUAAAUAUAGGCAAAAUGCAGUUAUGCCUAGAUGACCAAGAACACUAGAAAGACUAUGUUUAAGUAUCCUAUAUUCAAACAGUGGUAGAUGAUAGGGUAACGAGAAGGCAUAUCUUUGUGACAACUCUAGUGAUGAGAGCCAUGGAGAAGUUUGUCUUAGGGACAGAAAUACACAGGGAGUAAGCACAUAGGAACACAGUUGAAUCACAUCAUAUGACAGGGCCAAGUAUAUAAGAGAAACAGAAGGUUUCUCUUGGAAAGGAAGAAUGACUCCCACUGUGGAUUGAAUGAUUGCCACAUUAAGUUAAUGAAAAAUAUCAGAGCAGUGCUACAUUUGCACAGCAGUCUCCCCCACCCCCAAGCAGCAGUUUGCACUGGUGGUCACCUCCCACAGCAGUUUCCCCACUCAGCACUUUACUAGGUUCCCUUUGCAUCCAACACCAUUCUCACAGCCUCCCCUUCAAGCUCAUGGCCGCAUCCAACAUGGCGGCCACAGAGCUCUCCAUAUUAAGCUGGAGCUCCCAGUGGCAGCUGAAAGGUAGGGUAAGAAGUGCGUGCCUCUGGAUACACAGAAUUGGUAGCAGGUCAAUCCCACAACACACCAAAAUGUGCCCAGGGAUUUCUGUACAGUUUCCCCCAGGAAAUGAGAAUAGACCUUGGGUUUGCCCACCUGUAACUUCAUCAUAUCCUCCUCUCCAUCCCGAACUCCUCCUUCUGGCGGGGAAUUGACUCCUGGGCAGUACUUGGGCCAAGUGGCACCUUCUUUUGAUUUAUCUUUUCAUUUUGCUGUGGUGGUGAUUCUUUAUUUGCUAGUUGCCUUUUCUCACACCUUGUUCCCCACUUUCCUUCUGCUCUUUAUUUUUCUGCCCAGAAAAACCUGACUUCGAUACCAAAAAAGAUGAAACUACAGAAACUCAAAUUUAAAAAAAACUUAAAAAAAAACAAAAAAAAUACUCAAUGAUUCUUUCAGCUUUAUUAACAUUUUCCAUUGUUUCUUGCGACUUGUGUCUUGUUCUUUGUAGUAUUGAUGAUGAACAUUUGAUAAUGAAUGUUCUUGUAUAUUCAGAUAAAGAAAAAACCAAAAAAGCGGUCUGAAUUUAAUAGUGUUUAUAAUAAAAAUUUUAAAAAUGACCCUCAUAGCACGCAAAACAGGAUGGGGAACUCUCCUUCUUUCUGUGACAAUACGCAUCAUUCCUGCAUUAGUUUUUAAUACCAAACUACCUACAUUCAUCAUUUCUCCCAUUUUUCUUUUAUUUUCUUGCAUUUGUGAAUUAGUUCAAGAAUGCUAGAAAAGUGUCGAGUUGUGCACAUUCAUUUCUUGUUUCACAAUGUUUAAAAGUGACAGUAAUUCAUUUUGUAAACUAAAAAAAAAAAGGUUGGGAUAGUGAGCAUAAUAGGUACAACCUAACACAUUAUGUUUAUUAACUUUGAGACCCAGAAAUAAAUUCUUUUCUUUAUUCCUGCUCUUAAAAAAUACAAAAAAAAAAGUUUUGUGUUAUUUUUGGUUUGUUUAUGGGGGGCUUUUUUUUUUUAAUUGUCAGGAUUAUGAUCUUACUAUUUUUGUUCAGUAAAUAUGUAUACAAGGUGAUGUGAAAAGAUGACAUUGGUAGAAUAGCCUGUUUCCUUGUUCUGCUUUGCUUUGGGAUUCAGCUGAGGUCAAAGACGGAAACAAAGCCCAUGUUGAUGUCUCCUUGCUGACCUGCAUUUCCCAGAUGUGUGGCACUCCUGAAGUCCCUGAGAAAAGUAGUCUGGGACUUGUGUCCCCUUUUGGCUCUUUAAAACUUCAAGGAAUAGUCCAAGGGGUCCUUUUAUACUGUAAGAAGCAGUUUUUGCCUUUGCUGAUUCUGAAUAUCGCAAUCAAAUGCUUUCUUUCUCCAUGACUAAUAACAAUAUUCCAUGAGACUUCAACUAGAGGGGAUUUUUCUUUCAGAAGAACUCAUAGAAGAUACUGGCUCAAUAGACACUAUGGGCUUCAUAAAAUAAAUGCAGGAAGCAAACUCUGAGCCUGACUGCUUGCUGAUCCUACAUCGUGAUUUUGAAUGAAAAGGUGAUUAGAUAUUGAGCCAUACUCCAUGCUGUAGUUUUAAUGCUAAACCAUUAAGCAUAAAUUACUGACCUUACCCAUCUAUACGUCUUAAAGCAAAUCACAAAACCAGAUUGGUUCAGAAUGUUUUUAUUAGUUAUAGGAAAAAGAAAGCAGUAUUAUCCAGAAGAAGCUUAAUUUAGACAUCUCUCAAGAAAGUAACAUGAAGAAAGAAUGGAGAAUUUUGCAACAACACUUUAGGAAGCAUUCCCACACAAAUACAAGACACUCUGUAACUCAAAACGAAAUAAUGACGAGCUUUUCACAUCACCUUUAUGGUUUCAAUCCCUAGCUCAGAGCUUUCUGGAAAUUUUUAUUAUUUUUUUGUAAACAUUUUUUUUUCUUUUGUUAAAAGGAAAUGUCCCUAACCCCUUUUCUCUCUUAUUCUUUUCUUUCGUUUGGUGUUUUCAUUUUGAAGUGCUUUCCUUUGGCUGUUGGUUUUAUCUUCCACCUCUCUCCCCCUCCCCUUUUCUUGUUAUUCAGAAUAUAAACUUGCAAAGCUCUGCUCUGUUUUGGUUUUGAAAGUUUUAAGCUUUUCUGCUUUUGUGAGAGCACAGGCUUCUGUCCCUUUUGAUUCCAACUUGAACUUUUGUGUUCUCUAAUGAUACUAACACGGUGUAGGUUUUACAGUCUCCUAAUUUGUACUGGUAAUGCAUAUUCCAAAUAAAUAGUUUCUUUUGUUGCAAAAUGUA